GUUUUGUUUACAAACUGAACGCCAUGGCGUCUAAAAACAGUGGUUCAUCGUAAAAGUUCUUCAUGGAAUAAAUCGGUUUUAAUUGUUAUUAACUAAUUGUUUAUUGAAGAAAAUUGUACUAACUUACCGUUCAAACAUGACUGUAUUCAAUUUGGAACAUUUUCCUAAUGUGUGUCGGCUGUGUUUGAAGCCGGCUUUAAGUGGAUUUCAAUCAAUCGAUCAGCAGUUUAGAACGAUUCAGAUGCAAAUUAAAUCCUUCCUGGACGAUGUUACGUACCGGUUAUCUGAGGUAAAGGCCCAACAGCUACCUACGUUAGUGUGUGAUGCAUGUUUGACACAGUUAACCGACUUCGCCAUUUACCGCAAUCGAUUGGUGCUGACGCUCCAGUUUAUGGAAGCUUUAGUGGAUUUGAAGCAUUCCAACUCUCAAACGAUAACUACUCUCUUUGAAACAAGCAAGAAUGAACUGGACGUACUAUUCAAAGAGCUUUCCUUAUGCAGUAAAUUAGAACCACAGGUUGAAGACAUUAUACAGGAAUUUGAGUCUUAUAAUUUCGAAAACUGCAAUAUUAAAGUGGAAAAAGAAGAACAUGCAGAUUCAGAUGAGGAAGACACUUCCUUCGAUGCACGUUAUGACAGUAUACGCGAAGAUGAAUGCCAGGUAAAAUCGGAAUCAGACGAUUUUUCUAGUGACGAUAAUAAACCGCUUCGGACAAGAAAAAUAUCUAAACUGAAAACUGCUUCUACAUCGGCCUCGCGUCAAAACAAAAGCAGCGCUCCCAGACGACCAGGGCGUCCCAGGAUACAUCCCGAAGGAAAAAUUCUACAAGAACCUUGGUCGUGCGGAAAGUGUAAGUUUACCACCAAGUAUCGAAUAGCAGUUGACCGUCACAAAGCUGUCCACGAGAGACGAGAAAAUCGCAUCUUCUCGUGUUCGUUAUGUGCAGAGGUUUUUAAGACGAAGGAUGAACUGCGGACGCAUAGCAUGAACCAUCUGGAGAAUCAAAUCGUUUGCGAAGUUUGCGGCACCUCCCUAAAAAAUCCGAAUUCUUUGAAAGCUCACAUGGAACGGCAUGAUGAUAAACGCAAAUACGCUUGUGAAUACUGCGAUUACGCUUCUCAUACUCAACUCUCUCUGAAAGCGCACAUGAGUGUCCACACUAAUGUUGAUGGUAAAAAACGAUGUGAAGUAUGUGGUGCAGUUUUUAAAACCGGAAGUCUUCUGAAGCGUCACAUGGAGGGGCACAGCAAUGAACGGAAGUACGCCUGUGAGCAAUGUCCAGCACGGUUCAAUACCAACAAUGCCCUCAGAAACCAUCGCAACCGCGUGCAUUUAGCUAUUCGCCACCCUUGCGAAUAUUGUGAUAAGACAUUCGAUCAGAAAAUUAUCCUGCGAGAUCACAUCGAGCGUGUUCAUCAUAUUCAAUGCCAGUUUAUUUGUGAUGUAUGUGUGGUCACGUUCGAUAGCCAGGAAAAGUUAGAUCAGCAUCGGCAGCGACAUGAAAAUCCAAAACCACUGGAAUGUAGCGUCUGUCUUACGAUAUACGCCACACAGGAAGCCUUCGAUGCUCAUCUUUGCAUCACUUACCGGGACAACUAUCAGUGCUGCAACAAGGAUCUGCGCAACCAUGCGCAGUACAAUCGGCACAUGUGGGUGAAACACGGUCUUAAAACCAACGAUCGGGUAAAACCCAUCCCAGGUAUGUUGUUGGGGAACUUGAGAGGCACUCGGAAGCGGUUGGAGCAGUGUCGCAAGUGCGACAUUGCUUUUCCCUCCAGAGCAUUGAAAUUGCAACAUAUGAUCGAAUGCAACCAGUCGUCUGCAGCGCAAUCGGUUAGUACGGAAAGUAACGUGACAAUGCAAACUGAUUACUACACGCUUUCUUCGCUGGACCCUCUCGCUCCUCCCCAAGAACAAACCUCGGCGCUUUGGGGUGCCCACCAGCUUCAGCUGAUUUCGAUGAGCGGAGUAAACUCUCCCUCCAACGGAAACCUGAAAACACGUGAGGAGAUACGUCUGAGAAAUUUGGCUUCUAACCAUCUACGAAUAUCCGCGAUCAAUAAUAAUUGUGACAAAAGAAGGUGUUCAGCAAUGACUGUCCUCAAUUUGGAACAUUUCCCCGAUGUGUGCCGUUUGUGUUUCAAGGUAGGAUCGGAAGCCGAAAUGCAUUCCACAGAUGAAUGUCUCGAUGCUAUUCGAUUGUUGAAAAUCCAAACAUUCAUGGACGAAAUUACUUUUCGGAUCAACGAGGAUAAAUUACAACACAUCCCAAAAAAGAUAUGUGACACUUGUUUGGAACAGCUGACUAACUUCGCCACGUACCGUGACAAAAUGAUACUGACGUUAAGAUUGAUGGAAGCUUUAGUCGAUGUCAAACUAUCCAAUUCUAAACCGCUUAUCAAUCUUUUCAAAGACAGCAAAAGUGAACUCAAUAUUCUAUUUAGGGACAUUUCACAUUCUAGUAAGUUAGAGAUCCAUGUCGAAGAUAUCCUUCAAGAAUUGGAAUUAAACGAUUCAAAGGAUGACGCAACGGUUUUAAAAGUAGAAAAAAUAGAGUUCUCAGAGCCAGAGUAUGACGAUACACAUGGCAACGAAGCAGAUAGCGAUAGCCCGGAUGGUCCAGAAACGGAUACAAAACCAUUUCCAGAAAUAGUUCUGAGUGAAUUAAUCGACGCAAAAUCGGAAACAAACGAACUCUCCAGUGAUGAUGAACCACUCGCAAGAAGAAAAAAAGUCAAACCAAAAUGUCCAAAAACUGAAGAGUCUUGCACAGCGAAAAAUCGCGAACGUAAGGGACCGGGUCGUCCAAGAAUUCAUCCGUUUGGAAAAAUGUUGCCGGAACCGUGGUCAUGCGAGAAGUGCAAAUUCGUAACGAAAAUACGGCGCUCUGUCGAGCGUCAUAAAGCAGUUCACGAGAGAAAGGAAAACCGCUGCUUACCUUGCACAAUCUGUGGAAUGACAUUCAAGAAUAGGCGACAAAUGCGAACCCAUAGUUCAUCGCAUCCGGAGAACCAGUUCAUGUGCGAGGUAUGCGGUACUUCGCUCAGAAAUGCCUAUUCCUUGAAGGUACACAUGGAAAGACAUCAAGAAGCGGAGAAGCAAACUUGCGAGUACUGCGACUAUAGUACGGCAUUCCCGCAUUACAUGAAGGCGCACAUGAAAGUGCACUCAACGGACGAACUAAAGCAGUGCGAGCUUUGCAGCGCCAUACUGCGAAAUGCUACUGUUCUGAAGCGUCACAUGGAGACUCAUACCAAUGAGCGCAAAUACGGUUGUGAUCAAUGUCCGGCGCGGUUCAACACCACUAAUGCCCUUAGAAGUCAUCGGAAAUGCGUCCAUUUGGUCAUUCGUUAUCCGUGUGAUUAUUGUGAGAAGAGGUUCGACCAAAAACUGACACUACGGGAUCACGUCGAACGUGUUCAUAAUAUUCAAUGCAACUUCCCGUGCCCAAUUUGCUUGCUUACGUACGACAGUCAAGAGAAGCUGGAUGUUCACAUGCAGCGACACGAAAGUCCCAAACCUUUGGAAUGUGGGGUAUGCCUUUCGAUACACCCCAACCAGGAAACUUUCGAUGGGCAUCUGUGUAUUACCUACCGGGAGGAUUAUCUAUGUUGCAACAAGGACCUGCGGAAUCAUGUCCAGUACAAUCGGCACAUGCUGACCAAACAUGGUCUCACGACCAAUUUUCGGGUGAAGCUUAUUCCUGGGGUUUUGAUGGGACAGCUGAGAAAGACUCGCAAACGUCUGGUACAGUGUCGCAAGUGCGACAUUGCUUUCACUUCCAAGGCGCAGAAAGUACAGCACAUGAUCGAAUGCAAUCGACUGUCGGCAUCGCAGUCCUAAUAUUGUUGUGUUUUAUGUGGAUUAGAUAGGUACGUACUAGAAAUAAUAUGCAUAUACAUAUAAGCCUAAUUAUGUUUCAAAUACAUCAUUGCAUAUAUUCUGCUUUACAUCGGAAUCGAAUGUAUAUGAUUUUUGAUGAGAA